AUGCACCCAUCGUCUGUCUCGUGGAAUGUAGACACCAGAGAUAUCCAUGCUGGAGUCACUGCUGCAACACCACAGCAUCUACCCAGGACUAGCAAUCCCAUAGUUGAAUCCAACCAGAUUCAAUCGGAUUUCGAUCGGUUCCUGCAAGAUUCUAAAUUGAAAUUUGGUAUAAUCGAUAAAUUUAUUGUUUGUGAACGUGUAAAAAAACAAUUAUUUAUUCACGUUUAUGAACUAGAAGAUGAAUAUUCUGAUUCUGUAACCGUAAAUAAUAUCAUUGUUGAAAAUUCAAAUACAGCCAUUGGAAGAAUAAAUUUUGACGUUUCAAUACAAAUUGAAUAUUCACAAAUUGUAGAAAAGCUCUCUUCCUUAUUUCCCGUGAUUUAUAAAAGACAAUCCGUGAAAAUGAAAUUUCUCCUUUGCUUACUUAUUACUCUUGGUGUUACCUAUGGUGCUAUUUUACCAUUCAAACCCAAUUGUGCCAAUAUGUUCUGUUCUUUGGACCUCAAGAUCUGUCCUGAUGGUUCACUCGCUCCAAUUCCAGUUGGUGGAUGUUGUCCAUCAUUGAGUGCUUGCAAAACAGUUGUAUCACCAAUCGAGUCUAUCUCAGAUUGUGGUUUCUCUAUAUGCAGCCUGAUUUUACUAUUGUGCCCUGAUGGUAGACCAGCUCCAAUACCAACUGGCCAAUGUUGCCCAAGUCUCUCUGCUUGUAGUUUAUCAAAACUAGCUGGCCGAAGCAAUCCAUUAAGUUCACUUCUUUCUGGUAGUAAUCUUUUACAAUCAUUGUCCACAGCUACACAUGGUACUAACUUGGGAACAGCCUUAUCAAUUAUUAACUUACUCAACAAUGUUCAACAACUCUCGAACGAUGUUCAUCAAAUUCCUAUUCUCAUUAAUCAAACACUCGCUAGCAUUCUCAAUGGAACAGGUCAAGCUGGUCAAAUCAUCAUCAAUCAAUUGAUUGGUGCUGUUUCCAAUAUUGCUCAUCCGAAUGCUGCUAGCCGAAAUCUCUUAGAUUCUCUUGGUCAAAAUGCUAAUUUACUUUCGAGCAUUUCACAUCUUUUACCACAAGGUACAUCCAUCUCGACUGUUCUCUCCAUUCUUAACUUAUUGAACAACGUCAAUGCUCUUAACAACGAUAUUCAUCAAAUCCCUACUUUACUCAAUCAAACUUUAGCAAGCAUUUUUGCUGGUGCUGGUCAAGCUGGUCAAGUUGUUGUCCAACAAUUACUCAAUCUUGUUGGAUCACAUCCACAACCCGCUAGCCGAAACCUCUUAGAGUCCCUUGGUCAAAAUGCUAAUUUACUUUCAAGCAUUUCACAUCUCUUACCACAAGGCACAUCCAUCUCGACUGUUCUCUCCAUUCUUAACUUAUUGAACAACGUCAACGCUCUUAACGGUGAUCUUCAUCAAAUUCCAGUAGUUCUUCAAGAAACACUUCAAAACCUUGUCAAUGGUAUUACAAGUCUUUUACCACCAACAGUUCAAUCACUUCAAGGAUCGGCAUAA